AAGAGAAAGGAUUGGUUGAAUUGGCAUUAUUUUUGUCAAAAUUAUCUAGUAAACUUGAACGUAAUAGUAAAAUUUCUUCUGAAGAAAGGCAAUCAAUCAAAGAAAAUAUUCCGGCUGAAGUUCGUGAUCCUGCAAAAUUAUCACGAAGAUUGAGUAGGCGAAUUAAUAAACAUAUUAGCAGAUAUAGUGAAGAAACUGAUACACAAUUGGAUUCAACUUCAAAAAAUCAUUAUGAACUUCACGAUAUUUGUGCUGAUGAACGAUCAGCUUCAUCGCCUGAAUCAAGGUUGAACGCUCCAACAAAGAUUAGAUUGAAAAUUGUUAGCAAAAAACGUAAUAUCGAUGAUGUAAAUAUAAAAGAGUCAGAAGAUAUUAAGGAUGUUAAUGAAAUGGAUGAUAAUAUGAUUGAAUCCGUCAAUGAACAUCAAUCAAAACGUAUGCAUUUAAGUUCUUCUCAAGCUAAUGAUAUUGAUGGUUUGUAUGGCGGUAAACAGGAUGAUUCACCUUUAACUCCACAAAGUGGAA